UUUGCAAAGCACUUUUUCACGUCCAGAGUGACGACAAGACGUCAAAAUGGCCUCUAUACCAGUUAUCGUUAAGCAUCAAGGGAAGCGCUACGAUGUCGAGCUCGACCCGAAUUCCACUGGCGAAACAUUCAAAUAUCAGCUAUACUCUCUUACAGGAGUGGAGCCAGAGCGACAGAAGAUUCUUGUGAAGGGAGGCCAGCUCAAAAACGAUACUCUACUAUCUACUAUCAAUGCGAAGCCGAACCAGACAUUCAUGAUGAUGGGUACCCCUUCCGGGGACCAAGGCGCCGGAGCAUUGACACGUCCUAAGGAAGUUGUGAAAUUCUUAGAGGAUAUGACGGAAGCAGAGGCUGCCAAGGCAGCAGGGGCCAUCCCGGCCGGGCUGCAAAAUUUGGGAAAUACGUGCUACCUAAACUCGACAUUGCAGACGCUGAGGAGUGUCCCGGAGCUACACGAAGAGCUUCAGAGAUACCGCCCAUCUAGAAACAUCAGCGGCGCAUCGAACCUCUCGAACCUUUCUGAUUUCGGGCUUGGUGGCCUGGGCGCCUCUAUGGACCUCACUUCCGCGUUGAGAGAUUUGUUCAAACAGAUGUCCGAGACUCAGGAAGGAUUUCCUCCAAUUCUAUUUCUCAAUGCUCUGAGAAACGUAUUUCCUCAGUUUGCUCAACAGGACCGAAACGGCCAUGGCUACGCCCAACAGGAUGCGGAAGAAGCUUGGUCACAGAUUGUGUCGCAGCUGCGGCAAAAAUUGGUGAUCAAAGAUGGCGAGGGGGAGUCUGCGACUGAAGUAUCAUUUGUGGAAAAGUAUAUGGGCGGAAGAUUUGAAUCUGUCACUGAGUGUGAUGAACCGGCAGCAAAGGAGGCUGGUGAACAACCUAACAAGACUUCUGACGUUUUCUUCAAGCUUGACUGCCACAUCGACAAGGAAACAAACCAUUUGCACGAUGGUAUACUAUCAGGGCUCGAAGAAAAGAUUGAAAAACAUUCUCCUACCCUCAAUCGUGAUGCCGUCUACACAAAGCGCUCCCGAAUCGCGCGGCUGCCGAAAUAUCUCACUGUGCAUUUUGUUCGAUUCUUCUGGAAACGCGAUGCGCAGAAGAAAGCUAAGAUUAUGCGCAAAGUGACAUUCCCUGCGGAGCUUGACGUGCUCGACUUCUGCACUGACGAGCUCAAGAAACAGCUCAUCCCUGUCCGAGACAAAGUACGAGACAUUCGAAAGGAGGAGCUUGACAUUGAGCGUGCGCGGAAGCGCCAGAAGAUUGCCCGUCAACGAGAGGAGGAUGCGAAAACUGACAACGCUUCAAGCUUGGAGCCUAUGCAGAAGAAGAAGGCUACUGAAGAGCGCAAGGAAGAGGGAACAAAUUCAGGAAAGGAUGAGGAUGCUGCAAUGACUGACGUCUUCAAGACCGAUGCUGAGUAUGAGGCAGAAAAGCAGGCGUCUAUCACCGCAGCCAAGAAGGAGCUGGCCCAGCUUAUUGACCCGAAGCUGGGCGCAGACAGCGGAACAAACAAGACUGGCCUCUAUGAGCUGAGAGGCGUAAUCACACACCAAGGUGCAAGUGCCGACAGCGGCCACUAUACUUCGUACGUCAAGAAACAAGGCAGCAAUAGUAAGGAGGAGCGUGACGACAAGUGGUGGUGGUUCAACGACGACAAGGUGACCGAGGUAGAUGGCUCGAAAAUUGAGACUCUGGCUGGAGGUGGUGAAUCGCACUCGGCUCUUAUUCUUCUUUACCGUGCCGUUGAUCUGCCAACCGCUGAAUAGACUCGCUUCAUACGACGGCUAAUUCUUAUCAAUGACAUACUACGCAUGGUUUGAUGGCACGUUGUGAAACAGUCGGUUCUUAGCUUUUAUCAUGGUGGAACCGUUCAUGGUUUUCCCUUCAUCCAUACAUCAAUAGAAGCGGAUUCUGGAUAACUCUCGAUGCGUACGGAUUAGAUAUUCUUCGUAGAGUCACCCGAUCAUGAAAUAUAAUAAACAAGCCUUGG